ACUUUUACAAAACAACCACAGAAAACGGAGGCAGGCACACAUCAAGCUUUCGUUACGUAACCUUACACAUCAGCAGGACAUGGCAACAAGGAUGUCGUGACUGACAUGGGGAGGCGGUGGCUGAACGGAUAGCGAGACGGCCCCGCGUUCAGGAGGACGUGAGUUCAAUCCCCGACCGGUGCCACCAAGCUGGGAUUUUUCAGCCGCCGCCGAGUGGCUUAAAACUACCCACAUGCUGUCCAGAAGACCACCUAUCAACCCGGACUCUAGAUUCUAGGAUCAAAGAUGAGCUCCGGGAGGGCAGCAUGAGCCAAUGCAAGAUGGCGCCACUAUAAACACUCGCCUGCGCCAGAACGGGCUGGGCCGACCAACAGGACCCACCGGAAAGAAGCCUUGGACCGACCAUCAGGAUCCACCGGGAAGAAGCCUACCAACGCAAUAGGUCGCAACGUAAAAAAAAAAAAAAAAAAAAAAUGACGGGCAGUUGCUGUGUUCCGGCGAGGCAGGACGAGUACACGAGAACACGAGCACAAGGGAAGAGAGUCUCGGCAGGGCGCACACCACACGGCGGAAAAGACUACCGGGGCCUCGAGGCCAAUGGUUACACCUAUAAGUUUUGUAUAUAACUGAAUUGACAAGUACACCAACCCGCUGGAAGAGGGUGUGGUGUUGAUACAGAGAGGGAGACAAAGAAGGGGGGUGGGCAGGGAGUGAUGAAGGCCCAGCAGGCUCUUCCCUCUGGAAGGGUCGGCGCGUCAAAGCUAAAAAUACACACGGGAGGCCUCGGGCAUUGCGUCGUGACAAGGCCGCCGCGCUGCGGGAUCGUUGGGUGCCGGGAACACCCUCCCGUGACUGGGCGCGCAGUGGGGGGCGGACACACUGUGUUAGGCUGUCAGUCUGGCAUCUAGGCACACGAGGCACUGUACAACGCCUUCAGUCCGUAAGACAGAACUCGCGUGGCGGCGCGCGCGCGGCGGCACCCUCACGCACGGCCACCGAGUAUCCACGAACAGCCCAAAUAAUUACUGGGCCGGGCACAAGAUUAUAUAACCUUCUUGGCUGCGCAGCAGCUUGGGUUAGUGUGUGGCGUGCAGCCCCUGCCGGCGGAAGGAAGAUCUGUCACUCCUUUCUAGCGCCUCCGACACUGCUGACAACGAGGUGUUCUCACAAUCCAGCUCACAACACUGAGCUGCACUCGUGCCGACAGCCUACCCGGUGCCAUGCAGGCCGCUGUGGCGGUGGUCGGGCUGUGGAGCGUGGCAGCGGCGGCCAUAGCACCGGGACGGUGUGCCUGGACGCGGCAGGAGGCGGAGGGCGCCGCUGUGACGCUGACCUGCAGCCUCGACGCCCUCGACAACCACACUGACAGAGACGCCUUCACGAGGGCCGCGGCGGACAACGUGACGGCGCUGCGGGUGCUGUGCUGCGACCAGCCGGACCUUGAAUCGUCGCUGUCGCCGGGCGUGUUCCAGCGGCUGCUCGGCCUGCACAGCCUCGGCCUGGAGCAGUGCAGGCUGGCGGCGCUGCGGCCCGGCACCUUUCAGGGCCUGGAGGAGCUGCGGCGGCUGGCGGUGCUCGGUGCCGCGGCCCCGCAGCUGCUGCCGGACAGCCUGGCGGGGCUACCGCGCCUCGAGGAGCUGCACCUCGGCAACAACAGCUUCAGGAGCCUGCCGCGCCGCCUGCUGUGUCCGCUCCCCGCACUGCGCCGCCUCAGCCUCGCCAUGAACCGCCUGCAGGACGUGUCAGUGGUGGGGGCGACCGGCGGCUGCGGAUCGAGCCUCGCCACCCUCGACCUGUACGGGAACGAACUGGCGACGCUGCCGGAGGCGGGACUGGCAGGGCUAGCGGGGCUGGAGGCCUUGCAGCUGCAGCACAACAACCUGUCCAGCCUGGCGGGCGAGGCACUGCUAGGCCUGGCCGCCCUCAGCUGCCUCAACAUGUCCCACAACAGGCUGGAGGAGCUGCCGCCGGGGCUGUUCAGUCCCACGCCGCGCCUCGCCGCCCUCGACACGUCCCACAACCGCCUCACACACCUGCCAUUGCACCUGUUGCGCGGCCUGAAGGCGCUGCGGGUUCUGGAGCUGGGCCACAACCUGCUGCAGGCCGUCCCGUGCCGCACCUUCGCCGGCCUGCCCAACUUGGCCACGCUCUCCCUGGCGCACAACGACAUCUCCUCCGUGGCUUCCGACGCCCUUGAGAACACCACGGGCCUGCACCACCUAGACCUCACCCACAACCUGCUGACGUCCGUGCCCAGGGCCGUGCGUCAGGCCGCGGCGCUGACCACGCUGACGCUGAGCCACAACCGCCUCAGCACCGUCACCCAGGACGACUUGGGCGGCCUGGCAGCCCUCAAACGCCUGAACCUGUCCCACAACAAGCUGGAGGGGCUAUGCGAGGCGUGCCUGGCGGGCCUGUCCCACCUGGAGGACCUGGACUUGUCGCACAAUAACAUUGCCUUCUUCGACUACGCCUUCCUCCCCCGCCAGCUGCAGCGCCUCUCCCUCCGCGCCAACAGGCUGGGGGAGCUGGGAAACUACUUCACCCUGGGGGCCCAGCUACGGCUGCAGACGCUGGACGCGGCGCACAACCAGCUGGAGACUCUUGCCGGAGACUCCGUGCCGGACAACCUCGAGCGUCUGGACCUCAGCAACAACCGCAUCAAGAGCGUGGCGCCCUGGACCUUCGCCAAGAAGCACAGCCUUACCAAAGUCGACCUGACGAAUAACCUCCUUACCACGCUGAUCCCCGCGGCUCUCACCCCUCGCCCUGGGCCUGCCUCGAGGUCCAGCGCCGCCCCCGAGGUGUUCAUAGCUGGGAACCCCAUCCUCUGCGACUGUGAGAUGACGUGGCUGCACCUCGUGAAGGAGACGAGUGACGCACGCACGCACAAACACACACGCCAAAACACACCCCGACACCAACGCCGACAACCUUACAUCAUGGACCUAGACAAACUAACCUGCACAAUGGCCAUCCCACACCCCAACGACACAGCCUCGCCACAGCCACACGCCACAGCCUCGCCACAGCCUCACGCCACAGCCUCGCCACAGCCUCACGCCACAGCCUCGCCACAGCCUCACGCCACAGCCUCGCCACAGCCCUUCCUCGUCCCCUUCCCCAGCACGCAGCCCUCUCAGUUCCUCUGCCCCUACACCUCCCACUGCUUCCAGCUCUGCCAUUGCUGUGACCUUCCCGCCUGCAACUGCAACGAGGUAUGUCCCGACGGCUGCCUCUGCCUGCGCGACGAGACCUGGCGCACGGAGAUUAGGUGUUGAGAGGACCAAGGGAGACGACCACAUGGAACUGACCCAACCUCCCCCCCCACAACAAAAAAAAAAAA